AUCGCUAUUUAAUAAACUUUAGGCUCCCGGCGAAUUCAUUCCGAAAGAAGCACAUCCCAAACAAAGAGAAACUCUGUUGCCAAACCCUAUACUUUUCUCCGUCUGGAAGAAGACAGUGUCGGAAAACAGAGCCUUUUAAUGGUUGCAGAGAGUAAGGAAGAGGAGGACAGACAUUGGGAGGUGUCAAUGGGGAUGGGUUCUCGAAGAUCGAAUCCGCCGCUUCACAAUUUCACGCUUCCCUGUGGUUUAAAGUGGGGGAACCAGAAGCUCUUGCGGUGCGGUAACCCGGAUUCUAUGGGCCAAUUCCCCUCAGUUCACCGGAGAUUUAAUACUUUGUCGCCGGAAAUAUCGCUUGGGAAGCAAAGUGGGUCGGAAAGCGAUUCUGGGUUGCGGCGUCUCGGAUCAGAUGAGGCGGUUCUGGGGGUGGGUGUUGUAAAAAAUGGGCCGGCGAAUGGUGCCCGGGAAUUUCCGGCGGAAGUAGAAGGGAUCGCCACUGUGAGGAAGAAACUGCUGGGUGAUUUCCAAGCGGCGACGGAUAAGAUGAAGGACGCGCUUUUGACGACGCGCCUGAAAGCUGAAGGGCGGCUGGUGGAGGAAGAUUGCGAGGAACGGCCGCCGCCGGCUUCGACGACUGCCCCGAACACUGUUUCGCCAGUGGGUCCAUCUGAACGCGCCAUGCCGUGGAACUUGCGCACUCGCCGGUCGGGGAGUAAGCAGCCAAAUGGGCCCGCCGCCGCUUCCGGCGAAUCAAAUUCGGGUUUGAUGAUCGACACUACGACGCUGCCAUCGAUGACCGAAGACAAAUCUCCAAGAGUCCGGUGUAGCUCCGCCACCGCUUCAGUUCCCGCCGCCGCCGCAGCAAGAGUAUUUCCCGUCAGAGAGAGUGGGGAGAGGGCAAAGUUCGCCGUUGCCCUAUCCCGGCAAGAGAUCGAGGAAGAUUUCGCGGCGAUAAUCCGUCACAGACCAUCUCGCCGCCCCAAGAAACGAGCUAAAAAUAUUCAGAGCAAUCUUGAUAGCCUGUUUCCUGGAUUGUGGCUGACGGAAAUUAGUGCUGACAUGUACAAAGUUACUGGUGAUAAGUAGAAAGGAGUUUUCUUUAUGUCCAUCAAAUUUGCUGACAUGUACAAAGUUACUGUCAAAUUUGCUGUAUAAAUUUCCUGGAUUGAGUUUAUUGGACUGGAUAUUUUGGGCCUUUGGCCCGGUUAUUGGGCCUUCGGUACAAUAUCCCAACACACGUAAUUCACCAUUAUAAAAAAAAUCAUCAUCAAUUAUAGUUCC